UCAGUGCUCGUCGAAUUCAGAGCGUAGACUCUGGACUUGUCUAUCGGUGCACCGAUCCUUCUUGCUCCACUACUACCGCCCCCUCUUUCAAGCUUCACCAUGGCAUGGCCUCUCUCUAUGCACGAGGUACAUCCUGCCGCAGACUUCACACAACAGACUAGCACGCUUCCGUUGACCGUCCCGAGUGCCAUUUCCCAACCCGCCUUCCCCGGAGAGAGUCAUGACGACGAAGCGAUCUUGGAUUCAGGGCUUGAGGACGACUUUUCAGACUAUGCGGAGGAGCUAGCGAGUGAUACUACAUCGUUAGACUCCGAGAUAACAUCGUAUCGCUAUGAAAAUGGACGGCGAUAUCAUGCCUACAAGGACGGAGCUUACUGGGCACCAAAUGAUGAUAAACAAAAUACACAGCUAGAUAUUGCUCACCAUAUGUUUACAUUAUUGUUGGAUGGCAAGUUACAUUUAGCACCCACAGGGAAUAGCAUUCAGAGAGCACUUGACAUUGGCACGGGUACUGGGAUUUGGGCCAUUGAUUUUGCGGAUGAACAUCCCUCUGCCGAAGUCAUCGGUACGGAUUUGUCACCUAUUCAGCCAAGCUUCAUCCCCCCCAACCUGCAAUUCGUGAUUGAUGAUGCAUCUGAGGACUGGAUCUAUCCUGCGAACUACUUCGAUUUGAUUCACACCCGUACCUUGUACGGAGCAAUUGCGGACUGGCCGCAAUUCUACCGCAAAGCCCUCAGACAUUUACGUCCUGGAGGAUGGUUCGACCAGCUAGAGAUGUCCAUACAAUUCCGAUCAGAGGACGAGACAUUAUCAGAAGAUCAUGUGCUGGCGGUCUGGUCGAAGACGUUCCUUGAGGCAGGCGAGAAACUAGGGAAAACUUUCCGUAUUGCUGAGCUAGCUGCUGGCUAUAUGCGAGAGGCAGGCUUUCAGAAUGUUGUUGAGCACCAGUACAAGUUGCCGGUGGGUCCGUGGAGCAGAGACAAAAGGAUGAAGAGUCUCGGGAUGUGGAAUCUAGUUCAUUGCGAGCAUGGCAUUGAGGGCUGGGCUAUGGCGUUGCUUACGCGAGUAAUGAAGUGGACCUUCGCAGAAGUACAGGUUUUCUUGGCGCAAAUGCGCAAAGGUCUGCGGGAUCCAAAUGUUCAUGCGUACUUUGAAGUUGUCGCAGUUUAUGGUCAGAAGCCUCCACACACCAUCUAGCACAGACAUUCAAUGUAUGUGGAAUAUACCGUAAGUUCCAAAAUAGUAAUUGCCAAAAUCUCAUGAAUCGACUCCGAAGCGUACCUAGACGGCGUUGAAUAUUUGUACAGUUGCUGGUCUCAGGCACGUGAAAGUACCAGGGACAUUGGGACACUGUUGAGCUUGCAGUUCCAGAAGGACGGGCAAUUCACUAUGGGAAUAGUACGCCUUCUAAAAAG